AGGACAUGUCGACCAGGCAAUCAGUAUCAUUAUAAGGCAAUCAGGGCCGCUAUCGAAUGAAGCAGGUGUUGUAUAUGUUGUUUUUUGGUAUAUUUUUGUUCGACCUACUUGAGGCUCCUCCACCUCCUCAACCUCACACAUGUUUGUGCAUGCCAAGUUCCCACCAUCAGCUCCAGCUGCCUGGGAUUCCGAUCUGCAACCCUUGAUGCUGCUCAGUCAUUGCCGCUCCAAAAACCGCAGGAUUUUUUCUUGACCCCAAACACACCACGCUCGCCACACUGCGGGAAGUGUUUCAUUUUGCUGGCAACUCGCGUUAUCUCGCAAUGCCUGUGGUGAGUAAGAUGACGCGCAGAACCUGCACGGCAGGUCUUCUUCUGGGCGGUGCUGCCUUCCUCGCUCCCCAGUCUCGCCACACCACGGCGGCACGGAGCUCUUCGUCCACGGCUUCAUCGAAGACGGACGAUACAGCGGGAGCUGUGGCAACGGUGGUUGCUAGCACUGCGCUUGGCACUCUUGCGGCCGCCAGUUCCCGCGCGCAAACCGGGCGCCGGUGUGCUGGGCGCACUGCCCGGAAAGCUGCUGCGAGGGAGGGUGGACUGCGGCGACUGGCCAGUGUGGUGGAGGAGCUCCUCCAACAGCCUCGGCCGCAGCACUUGCCACGGCUCUUGCUUGAGCUAAGCAGAUGUGCUGAAGAAGAGCUGCAGCGGUCCAAGCAGCUCACAGCGCCUGCCGCCAGGGCGUUUGCAGAGGUCUUGUCGAGCGUGGAGGACGCACUACGGGGUCCGGCGGAUGCCCAGCUCAGAUGGGCUGCUAGCUCAGCUGCUGCACUGCUGAUGAGCUAUGUGGUGACCCUGCAACCAGCGCAGGCGGCUGAUGUGGUGAAUUAUUCCGACUUUAUGGAGUCCAUCAACCGGGGCGAGGUGGAAAUGGUCAGAGUGCAGGAAGACAUGCUUUCAGCUCAGUACACCACUAAGGAUGGUAGCCGGCGGGAAGUGAACCUUAUCCCGAAUGCCCAGAUUGAAGAUCAGCUCUUCAACCAGCUAGCGGACAAGAAGGUGGAUGUGGUGAUGUCCCAGGUGGGCUCCAGCGGGUCUCCCUUCGACUUUUUGGCGAGCUUCGCCGGGCCCAUUUGUUGGCUCAUCGCCGGGCUUUUGCUCCUCUUUGGCGGCUUGCCCUUCGGCGGCCCGGGCGCGGGCGGCCCGGGCGGGAACCCCUUCGAGCUUGGCAAAUCCAAGGCUCGGAUCAUCAAGGACGGCGACACCAAGACCAAGUUCGCAGACGUGGCCGGCUGCGAUGGAGCCAAGACCGAGCUCAUGGAGGUGGUGGACUUCUUGAAGAACACCUCCCGGUACUCUGAACUGGGCGCCAAGAUUCCCAAGGGUGCCUUGUUGGUCGGCCCUCCUGGCACGGGGAAGACCUUGCUGGCCAAGGCGGUCGCUGGAGAGGCAGCGGUGCCAUUCUUCAGCAUCAGUGCUUCAGAGUUCGUGGAAAUCUUCGCAGGCAUUGGUGCUUCCCGCGUGCGUGACCUCUUCGAGCAAGCGAAGAAGAGUGCACCCUGCAUCAUUUUCAUCGACGAGAUUGAUGCCGUGGGCCGGCAGCGCAGUGCGGGCUUUGGUCAAGGCAACGAUGAGCGAGAGCAGACGGUGAACCAACUGCUCACGGAGAUGGAUGGCUUUGAGAGCAACAAGGGCGUGGUGGUCAUCGCCGCCACCAAUCGCGCGGACAUCCUGGACCAAGCCUUGGUGCGACCUGGUCGUUUCGAUCGACAGAUCCAGGUGGAUCCACCGGACGUGCAAGGCCGAACGGAGAUCCUGAAGGUCCAUGCGAAGGACAAGACCUUGGCCCCUGGCGUGGACUUGUCCGCCAUCGCGCGGCAAACGCCCGGCAUGUCGGGUGCCGACCUGGCGAACCUGCUGAACGAGGGCGCCAUCGUGGCGGCCAGGCAGAACAAGGCCGAGAUCGACGCCGAGGACAUUGCCAAUGCCUUAGAGCGCAUCUCCAUCGGUUUGGAGAAGAAGGAUGCUGUCAUGAGUGAGAAAAAGAAGAAACUGGUGGCCUACCACGAAGCUGGUCAUGCUAUUCUGGGUGCCCUGAUGAACGACUACGACGUGGUGGCCAAGAUCAGCAUCGUGCCCCGGGGACCAGCAGGCGGUGUGACGAUCUUCAUGCCCUCGGAGGAACGCCUGAACUCGGGACUCUACUCCAAGGAGUUCUUGGAGAAUCGCAUGUGUGUCGCUCUUGGAGGGCGCAUUGCUGAGGAGAUCAUCAAUGGCAAGGAGAGGGGGCCUGUGCCAGGGGGCGUGUGCCAGGGGGGCCUGUACCAGGACAACGUCACAACUGGGGCUUCAAAUGACUUCCAGCAGUGUACUCAGGUGGCACAGGCCAUGGUGAUGCAGCUGGGCAUGUCGCCUGCAGUGGGGCAACGGCUGCUGGGAGGACAACAGCAAGGUGGGCCUUUCAUGGGUCGUGACUUCAUGGGACAAGGCGCUCCUCCUGUCUCCCAGCAACUCAAGCAGCAGGUCGACGGAGAGGUGAAGCGCAUUGUCGAUGAGCAGUACCAACGUGGUGUGAAGCUGCUGCAAGACAACAUGUACUUGUUGGAUGAGCUCGCGAAGAUGCUCUUGGAUCAGGAGAAAGUGAGUGGAGAGGAGCUUUUCAAGCUCAUUAACCAGGCAGCAGCCGAAGGGAAGUUGGUGAUGAGCAACAAGAUGGCGGUCGCUGCUUACGCUGGAGAGGAGGUCACCGCAGUGGCGAAGAAGAGCAGGUGUGUCCACCCGGAUAAGCCCAUGAUGUUCGCUUGCGCCGACUGCCCGCGCCGUGGGUUCUGCGGCACCAGCGCGGUCCCAAAAGCCGCUUCUGCCCGGAGUGGACGGAGCGCGCGUGCUGCAGUUGCACGCCUGGGGCUGGCUGCGGAACCAGAAAGAGCAUGCACUAGUGAUGUUGUGAUGGAGAAGGUGCAGGAGAUGGCUUCAGACAUCUCCAAUGGCCAAGCUCUUCCAGAGUCUCUGGUGAAGUCCGUGGCAGUGUCCACCAUGGUGGCCCUGUGCGCCUCCGCUGCACCGCUGCCUGCGCUCGCGGACGAUGCCGUGCCGCCCAUGCAGCCCUUCGGGGCUCCGCAGAUGCAGCAGGCGCCAGCUCGCGUCAGUGGACGGGUGACCUAUUCUCGACUUCUGGAGUUCGUGGACGAAGGUUCCGUGCGUCGUGUCGACUUCUACGACCUGGGCCGCACUGCCGUGGCGCUGGUCAAUGUGGCCGGCCGAGAACAGCAGCUGGUGUGCGAUUUGCCAGGCGCCACGACUGGGCUGAUUGAAAAGCUCACGGCGAAGAAGGUCCAAAUUGAGGUUCACCAGCCGGAGAAGCCGAAUCCCCUCUUCGGUGUCUUGGGCGACAUCGCCUUCCCUCUCCUCGUCAUCGGCGGCUUGCUCUUCCUCCGCUCGCGCGGUCCGGCUGGUGGCGGCAUUCCGGGCUUCGGCAACCAGGGUAAAGCCAAGAUCAUGAUCACACCUGAGACAGGAGUCAAGUUUGAGAAUGUUGCGGGCAUCGAUGAAGCCAAAGAAGAGCUCAUGGAGAUUGUCGACUUCCUCAAGGCCCCCGAACGCUUCGUGAAGGUGGGGGCGAAGAUCCCUCGGGGCGUCCUGUUGACCGGGCCUCCGGGCACUGGAAAGACCUUGAUGGCCAAGGCCUUGGCUGGAGAGUCCGGUGUACCGUUCAUCCAGUCCUCGGCCUCGGAAUACAUCGAGCUCUUCGUGGGCGUCGGGGCCUCACGCGUGCGGGACAUCUUCAAACAGGCCAAGGAGAAGGCGCCCUGCAUCGUUUUCAUCGAUGAGAUCGAUGCAAUUGGUCGGCAGCGAGGAGCUGGCAUGGGCGGUGGCAACGACGAGCGUGAGCAGACCUUGAAUCAGAUCCUCACCGAGAUGGAUGGCUUUGAGGGGAACUCUGGGGUCAUCGUGGUCGCCGCCACCAAUCGCUCGGACAUCCUGGACAGCGCCCUGCUGCGUCCGGGGCGCUUCGACCGGCGAGUGCAGGUGGCGUUGCCCGACGUUCAGGGGCGAGAAGAGAUUCUCAAGGUUCACGUGAAGAACAAGAAGCUGGCGGAGAACAUCACCUUGACCGAUAUCGCCAAGCGCACCGCCGGCUUCAGCGGGGCAGAUCUCGAGAACCUCAUGAAUGAGUCUGCCAUCUUGACAGCGCGGCGGAAUAAGAAGGCCAUUACCAUGGAUGAGAUCAACGAUGCCACAGAUCGCGUGAUUGCGGGCUUGGAGGGGCGCAGCCUGACCGACAAUGCCAGCAAGAAGCUCAUCGCUUACCAUGAGGCUGGCCAUGCGAUCGUGGGGACUUUGCUCCCAUACCACGACCCAGUGAACAAGGUGACGUUGAUCCCUCGUGGCCAAGCAAAGGGCCUCACCUGGUUCACCCCGGGAGAGGAUCAAAGCUUGAUCUCCGCCGCCAUGCUCAAGGCGCGCAUCGCCGGCGCCUUGGGUGGCCGUGCGGCAGAGCAGUUGGUCUUCGGUUCAGGACAGGUGACCACCGGCGCUGGCGGGGACCUGCAACAGGUGGAACGCAUGGCGCGCUCCAUGGUGACUCAGUUCGGAAUGUCGGAGGUGGGGUCGAUUGCCAUCGACGACGGGGGCUUCAUGGGACCCAGCUACUCCGAGGACUUGAGCAAGAAGAUUGAUGAAGCUAUCAAACACAUCUCUGAUGAGUGCUAUUUGAAUGCACUGACCAUCUUGAUGAAGAACCGUGAAUGCCUGGACCGCGUGGCCGACGAGCUGUGCGAGUUGGAAACCAUGACCGGCGACCGCCUCAAGGAGAUUGUGGCGGAAUACACAGAGAUUCCAGAGAAGCUGGCGGCAGUUUGAAGGGCCGCAGACGGACAGCAAGUGGAUAGGUUUUCGGGUCAUUUGACGAUGGCGCUCUACGACCAGGGUUCAUGCUCAGGGCCCCCC